AAAGUAUUGGAAACAAUGUUACUAAUAGAGUUUAUAUUUAAGAGUAUGUCAUGGAUAUAUUUGUUUUUUUUUUCCCUGAGAGCUUGUUAUUAUACAUGUACCAGCAUGUCACUACUGGAUAGAUAGAUUUUCAAAUCUGUCUUUAGCCUUUAGCGAUUCAAUCUAAAAAUUUUUUUUCAAACACACCUAAGACAAGUUCUGAGGAGGAAGUUCUUUAAGGAGCUCUUGGCCCAGUUUCUUUGGAGUGCCCUUUGAUCCAGUUCUUUUUGUAUUAUAGGAUAGGCCUGGCAUCUGAUUAGGCAUAACCUGAUAGCUGUGCUGAGGGAAAGAUGUGGAAGACUUUCCUGCUGCCCAAGGUCCUGACUUUGGGGGUCCUGGUUCUCCUGAUUCAAGCCCCAGGACAUCAUGCAGAUGACCUCAUCAGGACUACUGAGUCUGGACAGGUCCAAGGGACUCAAAUCAGUAUCAAGGGGAUUGACAAAAGUGUCAAUGUUUUCCUGGGAAUCCCCUUUGCCAAACCCCCUGUGGGGGCCCUGAGGUUUUCUCCUCCACAACCACCGGAUUCGUGGAGCAAUGUGAGAGAUGCAACUGCUCAUCCACCCUCGUGUUUGCAUGAUGUCACUGCACUAAAAAGAAUGGCCAUGGUCAUGAAAGUAAACGUCCCUACUACUGCCGUUUCUGAAGACUGUUUGUACCUCAACAUCUAUGUUCCUGUCCAUGCAAAGGAGGGGGACAGAUUGCCGGUGAUGGUGUGGAUCCAUGGUGGUGCUCUAGUUUUUGGCGGUGCUUCCAUAUAUGAUGGUUCUGUGCUGUCUGCCUCCCAGAAUGUGGUAGUGGUCACCAUCCAGUACAGGCUGGGUGUCCCUGGGUUCUUCAGCACUGGGGAUGAGCAUGCACCUGGCAACUGGGGUUACCUGGAUCAGGUGGCUGCCCUGAGGUGGAUCCAGAAGAACAUUGCCCACUUUGGAGGAGAUCCUGGCUGUGUGACCAUCUUUGGGCAGUCUGCUGGGGGAAUCAGUGUUUCCUCACAUGUUCUCUCUCCCAUGUCCAAAGGCUUGUUCCACAGAGCAAUCAUGCAGAGCGGUGUGGCCACACUCCCUGGCUUUAUUUACCACAGAUCAGAAAUGGUUACAAAUGUUGUUGCCAAUCUGUCUUCUUGCGAUAGACAUGAUUCUGCCUCCAUGGUUCAGUGCCUGAGGAGCAAGUCUGAGGAUGAGAUGCUGGCCAUCACCAAGCAUUUCAAGUUGAUCCCUGGUGUAGUUGAUGGGCAAUUCUUCCCCAAACAUCCUGAAGAGUUGCUGGCUACAGAAGAGUUCUACCAUGUCCCUUCCAUCAUCGGUGUGAACAACCAUGAAUUUGGCUGGGUUAUUCCUGUGGGAAUUGACGUUCCCGGAUUUAAGGACAACAUGGAUAAAAACAACAUCCAAUCAGCAUUGCACGCUCCAUUUUUGGGUCUUCCUCCUCAGCUUAUACGUUUGAUGAUGGAAGAGUAUGUAAGAGAUACUGAGGACCCUGGAGAAUAUCGAGCUCAAUUCCAGGAAAUGAUGGGGGAUUUAAUGUUUAUUAUUCCUUCCCUCAAAGUGGCCAAACAUCAUCAGGGUCCCAGCUCUCCGGUCUACUUUUAUGAAUUGCAGCACCGACCAAGCAUGUUUAAUGGCGUGAAGCCGGAUUUUGUGAAAGCUGACCAUGGUGAUGAAGUGCAUUUUAUCUUUGGAGUGCCUUUUUUAGGAGAUGGAAGAGAAGAGGAAAAACUCCUGAGCCACAGGAUAAUGAGCUACUGGGCAAACUUUGCCCGUCAUGGGGACCCAAAUGGUGCAGACCUUAUUCACUGGCCAGUCUAUGACCAGAAAGAAGAAUACCUACAGCUGAAUUUGCAGUUUUCUGUGGACAAGAGCCUGAAGAGGGAUAAGUGGGAGUUCUGGACCAAGACUGUGCCUCAGAAGAUGAAGGAAUCACAGGAUGAAAAAGCUCAUGUGGAGUUGUGAUCUCUAAGCAUAAUCAUUUUUGCAAUUGUUCCAAACCAAUAACACUCAAUCAUUUGCUUUGAGUAGGUCCUUCGUCUCAACUAAAGUAUAAUGUAGUUGUGAGAGAAAUACUUUGGCUCUUACUCAUUACUGCUAUGGGAGAAGAAUGUAAAUGAAAUCCAGAAGGAAAAAAGCAUUAAUAUAGUACCUACUCUGUGCUGGCAACUGCACUAAGGAAACACAAAUAUCAUCUCAUUUGAAAAGGACCUUGCAAUUCUGAGACAGUGGGGAUCUGAUGAGAGCAGCCGGUUCAUCCUUUCUCUAGAGAAAAAAACCUCUAGUUCAUUUUUAGAAUUAUAGUGGAGAUGGCUUAUUUUUCUGUCAUUGUAUCUCUAGGGCACUUGGUAGAGAAAUAAUUAAUGCUUUGAUCGAUCGA